AUGGCAGAAAAUAUCUUAGGGAAAUUAGAUAUUCUGGAUGAGCAAGCAAAAAUACUCUUGGCCAGAAGAACAAAGAAAAACAGGCUUCAGAAUCUAGCGAAGAAAAAGACUUUGGUUACACCCCUGACAUUUGAUUUUCAAUUGGAAUUUGAAGAGGCUAUUGGUACAUCCACAUCUAAGACAGUAUCGAAGAUCACAGAAGACAAGUCAUAUGGUAUUAAGAAAACAAAAAGGUAUGUCUCCUAUAAAAAAAAGUCUGAACCUAGAAAGAGUAAUUUUCAAAAGUCAAAUGGAAGUCCACAGUUUAUACCAACAAAUACGAAGAAUCCAGAAAGCAAAUCAAUAGAGCCAGUGGGAAAAAAUCUGAGACCAAGAUCUGUUAGAUCUUUUUAUUACCUUAAGGAUACAGCUGAGGUGGAAAAUACCAAGCCUUUGUAUGAUCUAUAUUCACAAAAUAGACAAGCAUGUAGAAGAAUACUGGACUCUGCAAUCUUUUCUCCUGAACCCAGCAUUCAAUCUAAUGCCUAUAAGAAGGAAAAAGACUCUGCUUUGUUUAGAGCUCAAACUGAAAUAAGUCCUAGAGAAUCAUGUGAUUUGGUUGGUCACUUAGAAGACGAUGUAAAUAAAAGAAGAAAACCUCUUCCACAGAUGAAUGGUUUUAGUACAAAAGAAAAUAAGUCAAUCAGAAAUUAUCAACUAAGUGGAUAUUGUUCAGUAAGAAAGAAAAGCUUACUCUCCUUGUGCUUUGAGGAUGAACUGAAAAAGCCAAAUGCCAAAAUCAUCAACAUUAGUCCAGCAAAGACAGUAACUUCCCAAAUGGAACAAAAUGAUACAAAUCCCGUAAUUUUCCAUGACACUGGAUACGUACAAAUGUUAUCUUUGACAAAAAAUAGGAUUCCUCGCCAUCCUAUAGAAAAUGGAAACAUUCACCCACAUAAAAGAGCAAACUUUGUUUUAGAAAGAAAUCAUGAAAUCCUUAAAUCAUUAAUGAAUAAUCAACCUAUUGCUCCUUUCAAACCCAAAAGAACUAUGUCUGCAGCUUGGAAGAGAGAGAUACAUGCAAUACCUUUUGGAGUGGGUGAUAGAGUUGUAGAGGAUAAACUAAGGAUGAAAACUAGUAAGCAGACAUUUGAAAACAUAUCUUGGAAUAAACUCUAUGAUUUCUCACAGACUUUUUCCAACCUAACAAAAAAAUGUGUAGGUUUCCUUGAUAAAACUCUUAUUCAAGAAAUGAGUGCUAAAAAUGGCAAAUUUGAAAGAAUGGUUUCUACAGGAAAACCAAUGAGUAAAUUCAGUGCCUUAUCUGUCAAACAUUGUUCAAAGCCUUUAAAAAAUAUACUUGGAGUCCAUAAAUUAAAUAAUGUUACACCACUGGAUGAUUUGUUAAACUUACCAAGUGAAAAAUUAAAUGCCUCAUAAAAUACUGUUUAUACAGCAAUAAUUGGGUAACAAGAAGCAAAUAACAAAGUUCCAAGAUCAUAGAAGACAUUCUUAUCUAAAUAGUAAUGUUCUAAUGGAUAUUGUAAGAAAAGAAAAGCAUAGAAAUUGGAGUUACAAACCAAUAGCGGUCUGUUCAAGAAAAACUAACAUUUUUAGUAAAUAAAAAGACAAAAUUAGGAAAUAAUUAUCAAUGAGAGGUAUCGUUUCUGAAUUUUUAUUGUCUCAAUUAGACUCUUCUGUCAUCAACAUUCCUACAGUAAAGUCUGAUUUGGGAUCAAGAAUGGGGCAUAGAUUGACUAGAAAUUUGCUCCUGGAAGCCAAAUAUCACUAACAUUGCUCUGUAAUUGAAUAUCAA